AUGGGCGGAGAACGGAGACAUGGAGGUGAUGGGCAACGCGUACUCAGCAGCAACGCGGCGGUGGUGAUGGCCAACGUGGACGGAGGUGAGGCAGAGCCGGGCAAAGCAGAGCCGGGUAACGCGGAAGCUAGUGAGGCGGGAGGAAUAGGGCAACGCAGGCGGGCUGCGUGGUUGGGCGGCGCAGGAAACGAGGGUGGCACGAAGAAGACGUCGGUCACGCGCGUGGGCAAUGACGACGGAACAUACACCACACGGGGGUGGGCGACUUGGGUGGGCGGUGCGAAGGGCAUGGGCGACUCGGAAGAGAACGACCACCAGUCCCGGCGCGGGAUGACCUGA